AGUCAAGUGUUCGUACACUUCGGUAAAGGAGUGUCUUUGUGUUUUGCAACGAGGCAGUGUAGCACGGUCUCUUCCUAUUCAUCUGCUUUUGGUGACUUUUCUUAGUGGCGUGGGGUACAAUUACUGACACCUCGCCUUUCUUCUUUGUGUACUUCCAGUAACACCUUGCUACUGCCAAGCAUCGACUGCUACCUAGGCGACAGCAGCAGCAACGACAAAAAAAAAACGUCAGUAUCGAUAAGAAAGGCUGAUUUGCUCUGUAUUCCGCAACACGCGCACACACGCGCAUUGAAGGAAUCGGCUUCGUAAGCUUAUCUUCUGUACAUUAUUAUUGCUAUUGUAAGAAAUACCUAAGGAUUUAGUACUAGUCUAUCGCCAUCUUUCGUCAAUUUGUAGUGUGCUCCCUUUUCUCUUCGUCCACCACUAAACUGCGGUGUUCGUUUUAAAAUUUGCUUCCUUUUUAUCGUGGCUUUGGCUUUUUACAAGACUCUCACUUGUGUAGUAGGCACUAAUGUUCUACGCACGAUCUCUGCUAGGCGUUUUUCGCAACACAUCGCGGCUGCUCACCAUCAGCGAUGAAUACAUCCCCCGCGCCUUCCCGGUUAAGUCCACUACCGGUCUAGCCGGCGUAGCGGUAGAGCCGCUGUGGAAGCCCAAACUGCUGGCCGCUGCCUCGGAGCUGCAGGCCUUCCUCACCACUUCCGACAUCCCUCCUGAGUCCACGUACUACAACGUGACCAUGACCCUAGUGAAGCGCAUCAACUACGGCAUCAAGGAGUGCCAAGACGAUUGGUGCACCUUAGAGAAGAAGUUCUUCUGGGGGUGGCCGGUGGAGUACAUACUGCAGGUUACCUGGCGUGAGCUGGAGACGGCGCAGAAGUGGAAUGAGUGGCGCUUCUGGGAACUGGACCCGGAGCAGGUGAAACGCGUCGGCCGCGAGGAUCAAAACAUUGGCAAGGAGGGCAUCGCCUACAACACGCCGUGGGAGCAGGUCGUCCGCGAGGACUUCGACAAGCGCAAGAAGGCACUCACGCAGGAGGAGAUGGCGGAGCUGAAGCGCAUGGACACGGAGCGCAUGGCGCGCGAGACGGCCGCGUACAAGGAGCGCAAGGAGCGCAUUCGCGACGAUCUAGAGAAGGCUCGCGGCGACAUGCUCAAGAAGUUCCUGAACAAGCGCUACGCCGUUGACAAGGACCUGAUGCGCAUGCAACCCGGAAACAUGUACACAGGGAAGAAAGCUCAGGACCUCAUCGACGAGCUGCGCACCUCUGCCAAACAAAACCCUCCCCCUGCUCCCAAGUAA